UUUAUAAAUAAAUUUGGACUUCUAUUUGUUCCUUAAACCCAAUUCUCAGAAAUCAAACACCACCGCACAAAAAAGAAAGAAACUCUUUUGCUUCUUUCUUCUUCUUCUUCUUCUUCUUCCCCUUCCGUUUGUUUCUACAGAGAUGGAGUUUGUGCCAAAUCCGUGUCCUCUGAGGUCCUCUCUGUUCGGUUCCUUCGGGGAUCUCGUCGAGAGGAUCAAGCAAAUUGGAACCCUCGCUGUUUCUGCCGUCAUUGGCAACAUCUUCUCUGCGAUCUUGACCUUCUGCUUCGCAUUAGUUGGGACUUUGUUGGGGGCUAUGACUGGAGCUUUGAUAGGACAAGAGACUGAGAGUGGCUUCAUUAGAGGUGCUGCUGUUGGUGCCAUCUCAGGAGCUGUUUUCUCCAUUGAAGUCUUUGAAUCCUCUCUUGUUCUUUGGCAAUCUGAUGAGUCUGGAAUUGGGUGUCUCUUGUACCUGAUUGAUGUUAUUGCUAGCUUAGUGAGUGGGAGACUUGUUCGUGAGAGGAUAGGUCCAGCAAUGUUGAGUGCAGUUCAGAGUCAGAUGGGUGCUGUUGAAACCGGUUUUGAUGAAGUUCAAAACAUCUUUGACACUGGUGGUUCAAAAGGCUUAUCUGGAGAUUUGGUCGAAAAAAUCCCAAUAAUCAAAAUUACUAGUGACAACAAUGUUGAUGCUUCUGGUGAAAGAGCGUCUUGUUCAGUUUGCCUCCAGGACUUUCAGCUGGGAGAGUCAGUUAGAAGCUUGCCCCAUUGUCAUCACAUGUUUCACCUACCCUGCAUAGACAAGUGGCUGUUUAGACAUGGUUCUUGUCCAUUAUGCAGAAGGGAUCUGUAAUUUUUGUAUAUGUCACAUACCGUAAAAAAGGUUCUUUCUUUUUGUUUAUGUUUUUUUCCCUCCCUUUUUGUUUAUAUGCUUAUUUAAUUCUAGUUCUAGGACUAAUACUCGGUUAAUUCUAGUGGGGGCUUUGCAGUUAUGAGUGGUAUCAUCAUUGUACUAAACUAGUGUAAAGAAAAUUUUGAGAUAAAUUUUACCUUUUUGUA